ACGAUGGGCGAACGAAUAAAUAUUCUGCCCGGAUGAAUGUGCUAUGCUAUGCUAUGCUAUCUGGAUCAAUAGAUAUGCUAUUCGUAAUAAUUGCGGUGCAGUGUCUGUGUAUGUUGUUUUUUGUUACGCGGCGGGCUAUGCGCACCUUUUUGUAAUCGCCACGUAGCUCUAUAUCUGCGUGAAGCUUACAGCUCGUCAGUGGACUAUUCAGUCAAGAGACAAGGCAGGAUGAGUUAUCUGUUCACGUCUUUGACAACGAAGCAAGAGUUGGAUAUGGCGAUACGCGACACGGUGGACAAAGUUGUCGUUUUGCGCUUCGGGCGGGCAUCGGAUGCCGUCUGCAUGCAGCUGGAUGAUAUCCUAUCAAAGUCUGUGCGGGAGUUAUCCAAAUUUGCAACUAUUUCCCUGGUGGAUAUAGAAGCAGAGGGAGUGCAGGCGUAUGUGAAGUACUUCGACAUCACUUUCAUUCCAUCAACCAUCUUCUUCUUCAAUGCUGAACACAUGAAGAUGGACUCAGGGUAUCGAUGGGUUGACUUACUUCUCCUGCAACUCUGAGCUCCGUCUCCUGCUCCUUUGACAUCCUCAUGUGUUAUCCACAUCU